AGGUGGCUAGAUGUUGUGGCAGUGUGUGUGUGUGUAUGAGUUUGUAUGACAGGCCUUUGUUUCUGUCAUGGAGCUGUAACAGUAUGACAGAGGUUAGGUGUGUAUAGGCUGCCCUGUGGUAUAAAAAGCAAAGUGUGACGGAGCAGAAAAAGUUUGAAAAGUCAGCCAACCAAAGUGUCUCGAGUUGGACAGGUGAAAGUCAGGGAUGGGGACAAUCCCGAACGACAUUAGAAGACUUUUGGACGACUGUGAGGUGUUUAUAACAGACAUCCUUCAAAAUGAAGACCUCAGUGAGCUUGCUCAAGAGUCACGGAAAGUCUUACUGAAUAACUUCAGGGUUGUCCAUGGAAGAAACCCUCAGGAGUUUCCCAACCCAUACUCAGCGGAUGAAGACGGUUCUGAUGACAACCGCAGCUCCAGUCUGGGUCGCUCUGCCCCAUCUGACGACGCCUCAGUAGCCUCUGACUACCAGGAUGAUGGAGGCCCUGAGUACUUUGGGGACAUCCCCUUUGUGGCUGCCCAGGACCUCAGCAACAUCUUGAAGCAAGGCUACUUGGAGAAGAAACGUAAAGACCACAGCUUCUUUGGCUCUGAGUGGCAGAAGAGAUGGUGUGUCCUGAAUAACUCAAUAUUCUACUACUUUGGGAGUGAAAAAGAUAAACAGCAAAAGGGUUCCUUUUAUAUAAACUACUACAGUGCACAGCUGGUUCCCAACCUGAGAAAAGACACCAAGAAAAAUUGCUGUUUUGAGCUCAUUGCACCUGGACGGCGCUCAUUCCAGUUCACUGCCAGCAGCCCUCAAGAGGCCAGAGAAUGGGUGGACCAAAUCAAUUUUGUACUUAGAGAUCUUAGCUCCAGCCUCAUUCCUUUCGAUGACGAUGAGGAGGAGGAAGAGGAGACCUAUGAUGACAUUGAGGGGGUGACUGGCCCUCCCCCGCCCGGGCCCGGUGCUGCCCGGGCCUCUCAGAGCCGCAAACAGGAGUCGGAGGAGGUCGACGAGGAAGAUGAGGAUAUCUACGAGGUGCUGCCAGAAGAGGAUUUUCCAGAUCAUAUGGAUGAGAGCAGUGAGAAGAACAACAAACCAGCUUGGUCAUCAGAUUACGCUAACUACUACCAGGGUUUAUGGGAUUGCGAUGCCGACGAGCCAGAUGAGCUGUGCUUCCACAGAGGGGAUCUCAUCUACAUCAUCAGCAAGGAGUACAACAUUCACGGCUGGUGGGUCGGAGAGCUGAACGGCACUGUGGGUAUCGUCCCCAAGGACUUCCUGCACCCUGCUUACAUCCUCUAAGCUCCAACAGAGCUGCUGCUGUUGACAAAGCCAGCCAGGAAUUUCACAGACAGGCCUGUCAGACCAUCUUUUCAAAUUUUUUGAAAAUUAUUCCCUCAUAAGACGGUAAAUUAUAUCAUGUAAAUGUGCAGCAGUUGAACUCAUUUCUACACACUAUAAAUCAUUUGUAAAGGAUCCUGUCUGAUGUGCAAACUAGAAAUGAAACAGUCGAUUCAUUUGUUAGUCAAUCAACAGAAUGUUCAGAGACCACAAUUUUGAUAAUUGAUAAAUAUUAAUAUAAUAUUUA